AUGACUAAGAACAGACGAUCUAAACAAUCCCAAGAACCGAAUAUUGAAGAAAUUGGAUUGGAUGAAGUUGAUGAGUUUGCUCAAGAAAGAGAGAAGGUGUUACUCAAUGAGGCUGGAUGGGAUAAGGAUCAAGUAGAUUCCUCGGAGUCUGAAGAGGAAGAAGCCGUGAUGGAUAUUGAAGAGGAAGGAGAUGAUGAUAAAGAUAAGGCGGAUAUUGAAUCGUACAGAAAAAGGUUACAAGGACCAGUGGAAGAUGAUGAAGAAGAGUAUUUCAUUGAUAAAGAUAAGGAGGAAGCCGAUAAUGAAGAUGAUGAUGAUGGUGAUGAUGAUGAUGAAGCUUGGGGUAAUAUUAAAGGAGAUUAUUAUGGUGCUGAAGAUUUGGAAGAGGAGGAUGACGAAGAUGCUAAAGAAAUGGAAAAGGAAGCAUUAAGACUUCAAAAGAAGCAUUUGGAGGACUUGAAUAUGGAUGCUUAUAUGUUGGAUGAAACAGUUGAGGAAUGGACUCAUGAAACCAAGAAAGAACAGGAGGCCAAAAAAGGAGAAGCGGAAGAGAUAUCCAUUACAGAAGUUGCCAAAUUGGAUAAGGAUUCUCAAUUACAGAUCUUGCAAAGACGUUAUCCGGAGUUUAUACCACUAACGAAAGAGUUUCAAAGUCUUAAGGGUGUUUUGAAGGAACUCGAGAAGCAAAGAGACGGUAAAAAUGAGGUGGUGCAGAUUAAAUAUUCCACUCUUGCAUCAUACUUGGGUACUGUUGCGACCUAUUUUGCUCUAUUCGUGUCCAAACUACACGAUGGAGAGCAGUUCAGUAUGAAGGGAGAGCCUAUAUUGGAAGCUAUUUUAAAUUCUCGUGAGAUUUGGUACGAGGCAAAAGGAUUGAAUGAGACCGGAGGCGAAGAAGAGAAACAGACAAUAGUGGAGUCCUCGGAGGAGUCCUUGGAGGAGCCUUUAGAGUCCCUUGAGGAGCCUCUUGAGAUUCCUCUUGAGAAGCCCCUCGAAGAGCCCCUCGAGGAAUCCGAUUCUGAACUUGCAUUUGGUGAAAUGACACCAUCAUUUACACUUGAAAAGAAAUCGAUUAAGCAUCUUAAACGAGCAGGUAUUGAGGGUAUCGAUAAUGUUGAUGCCGAAGAGAAGCGUGGAAGAAGAAGAGCUCUUGGAUUCUAUACAUCGAAAAUUGAUCAACGUGAAAAGAAGAAGAUGACGAGAUUUCAAGGUGAUGAAGAUAUACCGUACAAAGAAAGAUUAUAUGAAAGGCAGCAAAGAUUACUCGAAGAGGCUCGCAAAAGAGGAGACAGAAAUAAUAAAAAGGCACCAGGUGUUGAUCUUGAUGAUGAUGAGUUCAAUGAACGGGAUACCAAAGAUGCUAGAGAGAUUAAUCUCGAAGGUGAAGAUUAUUAUGAAGCCAUUAAGCAAAAGAAGGAAAAGAAGAAGGCCACCAGAAAGAAUGCACAUGAAUUGGCAGUCAGAGCAGCCAAAGAGGGUAAAUUGGCUGAAUUGCAGGAGGGCAUUGAUGGAGAUGGUAAAAGAGCCAUCAACUAUCAGAUGUUGAAAAACCGUGGUUUGACCAAGAAGAGAAAUAAGGCUGACAGGAAUUCUAGAGUCAAGAAGAGAAAGAGAUAUGACCAGGCAAAGAAGAAGUUGGGGUCUGUCCGUGCAGUCUACAAGACUCCUGAAGGUCCUUACCAGGGCGAGAAAACUGGUAUCAAGAAGAAUAUAUCCAGAUCUGUCAAGAUGGUGUAA